GAUGUGUUUUCUACAAGUAUCCGUUAUAAUGCUGACUUAGCUAGAGGAGUUUACCCAAAUACCAUUGACGAAUAUGAAAUAGGACAGAAUAUCGGUUAUGGGUGUAAUGCAGCUGUUUAUGCGUUAAAGGUUCGCGAGGUUCAACAAACUGGUAAAUCCCGCCCAAGCCUGUCUACAAAUCCUUUACGAAAAGCGAGGCGUGAUCUACAAAAUAAAUAUCCACUCGCCCUGAAGCUGAUGUACAAUUUCGCUUUGGAUAUGUGUCCUCGUUUGGGAGAUAACUACUUAUGGCGAUCUAUGGGUGCUGAGCUAGUACCACUUCCUGGAAGCGCACAACUUCUUAACGGAAGGAUGGGCAGUUUUCGGCCGUUACCUGAUUUUCACCCAAAUAUUGUGCGAGUGUUGACAGCAUUUGUUGAUCGCAUGCCUAUCUUGGAAGACGCCAAACUCGCCUACCCUGAUGCAUUACCGAAUGCACCAUUCUACGAGAUGAUCAUCAACGAACCUAGGACUAUGUUUGUAGUAAUGAAGAGGUAUCGCAUGACUUUACGAGACUAUCUGGUAGAUUUGAAAAGAAAAUGCGGUGACUACGUUGGCCGCAUAUUAUUCGGUCAGCUUCUAGAAGGAUGUGUGUUUUUGUACGAUAAUACUGUAGCUCAGCGUGACAUGAAGAGUGACAAUAUUCUUCUCGAAUUUGAUGAUCCAGAAGAGGUUCCGCGAUUAGUGAUAUCCGACUUUGGCUGUGCAUUAGCUACUGGUAGCUGGUUAGUGAAAUACGUUGAUGAUACUAUUGAUCUGGGUGGGAAUAGAAGAACACGUGCACCGGAAAUUGUGGUGGCGCAACCUGGUCCUAACUGGUAUGUGUUGGAGUAUUGCUAUUUGAUAAUUUUGAAUGUUGUAUUGGAUUUUCGCAUGGCGGACACCUGGGCUGCUGGAGCCCUGGGAUACGAGAUCUUUACGAGGUAAGC